AUGGAGAGAAGACGGAGUACGCAAGAUGACAUUGACAGGAAGAGCCAGCUGGAUCCAUCGCUACUCCACGACUGGCCUAGCAGCCCGACAACAUUACGAGACUCCUCUCUUUCGACAUGGCAGCGGUUCUCCCUGUCCGCCAGCUUGGUUUUUAUUCCAGCAGCCUUCAUUGUUCUCGGGAUCUCUCUCGUUUAUUUGCACCAGCAGCCUGAAUCAGAGCUCGGAAGUCGUGUCCUUGAGGCCGCUAAUGUUGCUGCAACCAUAUGGCCCAUCGCCUUUGCCGCGGUUCUUGGCACAUCGCUGAGGAGUGUUGCUCUAUAUAGCUGCGAGAGAGGGACGACGCUGGGCACACUGGAGAUCCUCCUUGGCAGCGUCACAAUGACCAAUACCCUGAAGUUGCUGUUCUGGGUCCGACUUGUCAGCUUCUGGACACCAAUACUGGUAUUCACUUGGGUUUUGAGUCCCCUCGGCGGUCAGAGCGUCCUACGUGCCGUCGCCCUGAGCGCAGAUACUAUCUCCUCAGACUUCUCCAUCAUCUCAUAUCCAGCUAGCAAUUUCACGGCAAAGUUCGACAUGCUGCCGACCUUGUACGCUCUGCCAUUCGGUAUGCGCACUGUUUCUUCGGCUGCAUUUUCGUCCUCGGCGAGUCGUCUUAUGCUUGCGAAUGGGUCGAGCCCGAACUUCAACGAUAGCUUGGAGCAGGUCGGGGGGCCUGAUGAGGCGCUGAGAUUAGCCCAACAGGAUAUAUGGGGCAAUGUCCGGAUUCCGUUUCUGCACAUGCUGGAUGGAUACAACUCCAGUGACCCGCACACUUGGGUCAACGUUCCAAGUGACGUUAUCCCACCAUACGAAUCCAUUGUCGGGGUGCCGGUCCGCGGUAUACCAGGAACACGAGCUGGUAACGGUAGCAUGAUGGUCCAGUCGUCAUACAUCUCGGUAUCGUGCGGUCCGUGGAUCAAUGGCACUUCCUGGCUUCAGAAGAACAUAUCCCAGCUGAUUCUAGCCGGGCCCCUGGAAGCCCAGGAGAUGAUAAAAGUCGACUGGGACGAAUUCCUCAACGCUACUUUGCAAAUGGGAGGAAACUUUAGCCUUUCGAACGGUGACGAUAGGCCAUCAAAGCAGACUCUUGUCUUUGUCGCCAACAGCAUAGGCAAAACCUUCGACGAUUUCUUGUGGAAUAUGACCAUGUGCGCUCCCAGCACCUCGUACGUUGACACCAUGGUACGGUGCUCUCGAUCUUCCGACUUUGGGUACCUCUCUUGUUCUGCCGAGAGAAUUCGACAUAGCAAAGGGCGACCAAUCCAAGCAAACGCGACGGUCUUUUCCUUUCCUAAAAACCUCCCUGUACUCUCUAUGAUUCCUCGGCUCCUCCCAGAUCCUGAAGGGGGGCAGAACAAUAUGCUGAACCUCUUCCUUCGGGACCCAACUCUCGCCCGCCCGAUCAGCGCUUUUUACAACUACAUGGCAUAUUUUUCGCCGCCAUCACUCGAGAAUGUGUCGAUGCCUAUUUUCGAAGCGCGACUAGCAGCUAUACUCAAUACAGUAAUCAGGGCGUCAUUCGAGCAGUCUAUCAUUGUGGGUGCCGACGGUCUAUCGCCAUCGACGCAGAUGAUCGUCGACAAUGCCACGGGUUCGAUCAUAACACCUCUUGCGGAUUGGGACAAUAGCACUGGGACGUGGCUAGAGUUCUCUGACCAGGUGUAUAAAGUGAACUGGAUGUGGAUGGGUGUUUAUGUGGUAUCCACCCUAGUUAUGACGGUUUUUGCUCUUGGGCAUGUUGCCCUACAGUGUAAGACCAAGAGCCCGGACCUGCUGAGUAGUGUCUCGACCCUCAUGCGGGACUCGCCAUAUAUGGUAGUUCCCGAUGGAGGAAGCGCGCUGAGCGGUAUCGAAAGAGUGAGGCUGCUAAAGGACAAGUGGGUGAGGAUACAGGAUGUACAACCGAAGAGUGACGUCGGCAGGAUUGCCUUCAGCGACAUGGCUCGCAGUGAAGCCCUUAGUUGGGAUCGACGGUACCACUAG